GGUGUUAAGCUCACUGUAAAUCAACGAGUGCAAGGCAUGAACUGUGAACAAGUAAAGUUCAGAGAUCUGUUGUUGCGACUUCGCAAAGGUGAGUCAACAAUUGAUGACUGGAAAUUACUUUUGACACGGCAACCAUCAAAUAUUACAAACCUAUGUGACUUUGAAGAUGCUACUAGACUCUUCUAUAGUAAUGAACAAGUUGCUAACUACAAUCAUGAGCAGCUAAUAAAACUUGAGCAUCCAAUUGCUCAUAUCAAUGCUCGUCAUUCAUCCGCAUUGGCCAAAAAGAUAUCGCCCGAUGAUAUGUCUGGGUUAGAACCUGUUGUGUUUCUAGCAAAGGGUGCUAGGGUUAUGUUGACUAUGAAUUUGUGGUCAAGUGUUGGUCUCUGUAAUGGGGCCACUGGGACAGUUGUUGAUAUUAUCUAUCAGAACAACCAUCAACCACCAGAUUUACCUGUUGCCAUAAUAGUAGAAUUUGACAACUAUAGAGGACCUGUAUUUGAUGAUAACAAACCAUCGUGUGUUCCAAUAUGUCCAAUCACAGUUUCAUCACAGACAGAAAUUGGUUUCCAUGAAAGGCAACAAUUACCUCUAAGGCUUGCAUGGGCUCUAUCAAUACACAAGAGUCAAGGCUUAACGCUUCCAAAAGUCUGGAUAGAUAUUGGAAAGUCUGAAAGAACAGCUGGAGUUUCUUAUGUUGCUAUCAGUAGGGCAAAAACACUUGCAUCUUGUGUCAUUGAACCAAUGACGUAUGAAAGAUUAACAAGCUUGAAAUCAUCAGCUAAUUUACCAUAUAGGCUUGAAGAAGAAAACAGGCUCGAUCAGUUUGCACAGACUACUGGCAAUGCAUUCACAACAACAAGCCACUGA